AUGGGGCGGAAGCUGGACCUGUCAGGUUUGACUGACGAUGAAACUGAACAUGUUCUCCAGGUGGUUCAGAGAGACUUCAAUCUUCGCAAGAGAGAGGAAGAACGACUCAGUGAGAUGAAGCAGAAGCUGGAUGAGGAAGGCAGCAAGUGCAGCAUCCUCUCGAAGCACCAGAAGUUCGUGGAGCACUGCUGCAUGCGCUGCUGCUCGCCCUUCACCUUCCUCGUCAACACCAAGCGCCGGUGUGGGGACUGCAAGUUCAACGUCUGCAAGAGCUGCUGCUCCUACCAGAAGCGUGAGAAAAGCUGGGUCUGCUGCGUCUGCCAGCAAGCGAGGCUUCUGAGAACACAGUCUCUGGAGUGGUUCUACAACAACGUGAAGAGCCGCUUCAAGCGGUUCGGCAGCGCCAAGGUCCUGAAGAACCUGUACCGGAAACACCGGCUGGAGAGCGGCGCCUGCUUCGACCUUCUCGGAGGAGGAUUGUUUGAGUCAAAUCUGGAGAAUGAAGGAAGCAUUUCAGGAAGUGACUCAACAUUUUAUAGGCAGUCAGAAGGACACAGCGUGAUGGACACCUUGGCUGUCGCCCUGAGGGUGGCUGAAGAAGCCAUUGAGGAAGCCAUCUCCAAAGCAGAAUCCUAUGGGGACAGCCUGGACAAGCAGAACGAGGCCAGUUACCUGCGGGACCACAAGGAGGAGCUAACGGAGGAGUUGGCCACGACCAUCCUGCAGAAGAUCAUUCGAAAGCAGAAGAGCAGAAGUGAGCAGCAGGUGGAAGACGAGCCCCCGAGCUGCAGCCUGCAGGCAGUGGACAGCGGCAGGAUGGCCUCCCCAGGAGCCCGCCAACCUCCUGCCACCCUCUGGCGGUCCCAGUCUGCCUUCUCCAUCACCGGAGACGAGGCCCUGAAGACUUCCUCCCUGGACACCGUGUCGCAGAAGCUGCGGGCCCGGGGCCAGCAUGCAAGGGACAAGUCUGCCCUGCCCAGCUGGAAGAGCGUGGACAGACUGGAUGAAACUACCUUGGCCCCGGUUCUGCAGAGCCCCGAUGGCAACUGGGUGGCAGUAAAGGAUGGCACUCUGCCCCCCACCCGCCUGCUGGCCAAGCCCAAGAGUGGGACAUUUCAGGCCCUGGAGGAAGCCUCCAGUGUGGCGUCCGCCUAUGAUGAGAUGGGUUCCGACAGCGAGGAGGAAUUUGACUGGAGCGAAGCCCUGAGCAAGCUGUGUCCGCGGCCCCGGGGCCGGCCCAGGAACCCCCAGGCUCAGGGCUCUGCCGGCCCCUCAGCUGCCUCUCCAUGCUCCGGGAUGUCCCCCAACCCCGAGACCAUGUGCUCUGACUCCGAGACCUCCUCGGCGGGCUCUUACCGGGAAGCAGCGUGCCGGGCCAGGCUGUCCUGGCUGCAGAGGAAGGCUCCCAGGAACCCAGAGGCCGAGAAGAUGCGCCUCCAGGGAGAGCUGGACGUGAACUUCAACCCCCAGGUGGCCAGUGGGGAGACCUCAGACAGCAGUGAGCCGGAAGACGCCUCUCAGGCCACAGACCGGUGGACCAGGAGGUGGAGAAGGGCGCGCAUGGGCUCAGAGGACCUAAGCAAAGAACCACCCUCCCACAGCGCCCACACCCAGGAUCUGCACGCACACCAGGUGUCGAGUGAUAUAUCAGAGACUGAUGGCAGCAACGAGGGUCAGCGCCCCUGGACCGGCCCGGACGCCAUGGAGGAGACGCUCAGAAACAGGCUGUACGAGUUAGCGAUGAAAAUGAGUGAAAAGGAGACUUCUUCCGGGGAGGACCAGGAGUCUGAGCCCAGGACGGAAUCCGAGACCCAGAAGGAAAGUCUGUCUUCUGAGGAGAACAGCCGGAGCGUCCAGGAAGAGCUUAAGAAGAAGUAUUCUGCUGUUUCUCUCUGCAACAUCUCCACAGAAGUCCUCAAAGUCAUCAACGCCACAGAGGAGCUCAUAGCAGAGUCUGCAGGGCCCUGGGAGUCCCCGCCCGCCCCUCCUGACAGAGAGAAGGACACGUUUCCUCUCGGGACAGACCAAGUGCGACUGGAUGAGCAGCUGACUUCCCUGGAAGAGAACGUCUACCUGGCAGCAGGCACUGUGUACGGGCUGGAAGGCCAGCUAAGCGAGCUGGAAGACGCCGCGCGCUGCAUCCACAGUGGCACUGACGAGACGGAGCUGGCGGAGCUGGAGGACCAGGUGGCCACGGCUGCAGCCCAGGUGCACCAUGCUGAGCUCCAGAUUUCGGACAUCGAGAGCCGGAUUUCAGCCCUGACCAUUGCAGGCUUGAACAUCACGCCCUGUGUGCGCCUCACAAGAAAACGGGAACAGAGGCAAAGGAGCCAGGUUCACACCAUAGAUACAUCAAGGCAGCAAAGGAGGAAGUUGCCUGCCCCGCCAGUGAAAGCUGAAAACAUUGAGGCAUCUUCCAUGAGCACCAUUAAAACGUUUAACCACAAUUUCAUUCUCCAAGGCUCCUCCACAAAUAGGACUAAGGAACGGAGAAGCACCUCUGCAGAGCUGAUGGAGCCCACCCUGGAGUCUGCUGUGAUGUACUAAGCCCACGGAACCCCACUGCCAGUGACCCACUGCCUCUGGCCGUACACGAC